AUGGGAAAGAGCUUGGUUUUCACCUGCCAUCAUGGACUUGGUUUCUUUGGUGCUUCAGUUAUCUACUAUCUAGAUCCAUCUGUUCUGUCUGCUGUUUCCUCUUUUGUUAUGUUUUGGUGCUUGGCUGACUACCUUGUUCCCAUUCUAGCACCUAACAUUUUUGACUCCAAUAAAUGCACCAGCGAUCAACAGCAAAGAUUCCAUGAAAUUUGCAGCAAUCUACUAAAAACUCAAUGCAGAGCUAUGGACUGGUGGAAACAAAUCUUCACACUGAAGGAAGAAAAGCCUGAAAUGUGUUUCAUGGCUAUGAUCAUUUAUCUCACUGCAGUUGUUUGGAUGGGACAGCAAGUCCACAACCUGCUUCUCAACUACCUGAUACUGACUUUCUUACUGUUGCUUCCUCAACUAAACCAACAAGGAAUCAUUUCAAACCACACUGGAAAGGCCAAAGGGAGAUAA